AUGCAUCUUCCUUUUGCAACGGACGCCUCGUUCAGUCAUAUCUCUGUCAACCCAAUUCACCCCACCUUUGGAGCCGAGGUCAGAGAAGUUGACUUUUCCAAACCGCUGACAGAUGAGGUCUUUUCGGAGAUUUAUAGUGCUAUCACAAAGUAUGGAGUCCUCGUCUUUCGAAACACUGGUCUCACCGAUGAGGGCCAUAUUGCCUUUGCCAAAAGGUUUGGAGAACUAGACGACAUAACUCCAUACCUGGCACUGGGCCGGAAGAAUCGACUGAAAUACAAUGAGCUGUUUGAUGUCAGUAACGUUGAGUUUGACGGAUCGAUUCUCGACCCAGAGAGUCCGCGGGGCCAAGGAAAUAAAGGAAAUGGUUUAUUCCAUGUUGACUCUAGCUUUAACCCUCGUCGAGCAGGAUACUCCCUCCUUCUAUCGCACGAGCUCCCUCCACCGGGUAUGGGAGGAGCCACAGCCUUUGCAGAUACACGAACGGCCUUUGACGAGCUGCCUGUGGACCUGAAGGCCGAUCUCGUGGCAAAUGAUUAUGUAGCAGCACACUCCAUUCAUCAUUCGCGUAAGCUUGCAGCACCGGAAUUCUACGCUGACCGCAACCCGCUUGACUAUCCUAUGGGCCGGCACAAGAUGGUACAGCGCCAUGAACCCUCCCGCCGGAUGAAUCUCUACAUUGCGGCGCACAUACAUCAUAUCGAAGGUCUUGGUCCGGAAGCUUCGCAGAAAUUGUUUGAUCGAGUCUUCACGCAUUGCACCCAGGCCAAGUAUGUGACGGAAGUUGAAUGGAAGCAGCCUGGGGAUCUGAUCGCCUGGGACAACACAUGUGUGAUGCACAGGGCCUGCCAUAGCCUGGAGCUGGGUCAGUCGAUGAAUGUAUACUUGUGGUGGCCCUGA